UCCUAACCUUACAAUUUGCAUUUACAAAAUAUAGUGACUAAACAAAUAGAAUGCUAAAUAACAACGCAUUAUUGUAAGAAAUAAUUUAUUCUACUAGUUAUGAUUUAUUUCAGCUGAAUAUAAUAUCUAAUGGUUAAGUAACAAUGUUGCUCUACAAUUUUACGUAUUGUCCACCAAAUACAUCCAUUUGGGAUAUUUGGAUUGAUCAUGGUAUUAAUCAGUGUUUUAUAAAUACCUUAACAAGUUCUGUGAUUGCUGGAUUUAUUCUUAUAGCUGGUGUCAUACAAUUAUAUAUCUAUAGAAAAUAUGGAACAGAAGUCUCACCAAACCAUUUAACAAAGUCAAAAUUAUAUUACUUACAGAUAUUUCUUUCCGUUUUUAUUCCAAUUUUAGAUAUAAUAAGUUUUAUUUUAUCUGUAACAGUUUAUGAUGAUCAUUCUGUUUAUGGGUAUAUGAUUUUAACGUUGGUUUUUACAAUUUUUGCUUAUAUUUUUUCAAUUUGGAUUAUCGCAGUCGAGCGACAUUACUUACUACCAUCAGUGCCCACUAGAGGUCAUGGUAUCAUACUACUCUUAUUCUGGGCACUUCUUUUUAUAUCAGAAAAUUUAGCGUUUUUGAAUUUAGACAGAAAUGAUUGGUGGUUCCAUUUAAAAACAUUAUCCGACAAAGUGGAAUUUUCUUUUUUUAUUCUACGAUAUAUAUCGUUAUUGGUAUUAUUUAUUUUGGGUCUAAAAGCUCCCGGAAUAGUACAGAAUAUUGAUUAUUUUAGUUUAAACGACUCGUCUAGAAAUGUUGCGGAUAGUGCCGGAAACCAAUCAACAUGGAGAAAUUUUUGGAAGAAGAUGAAAGUCUUGUUACCUUUUAUUUGGCCAAAAAAGGACAUGUGUUUACAGAUGCGCGUACUAAUUUGUUUUGUACUGCUGGCGGCAGGCAGAGUUAUCAAUUUAUAUGUCCCAAUUUAUAAUAAGUUAAUAGUUGAUUCCCUAUCUGAGCAGGAUAAGAAGGAACCAAGUUUCAGAUGGGACCUAAUUCUUAUAUAUGUAGGGUUCAAGUUCCUUCAAGGUGGUGGAACAGGUGGAAUGGGUUUUCUAAAUAAUAUGAGGUCAUUUCUGUGGAUUAGAAUAUCACAAUAUACUACGCGGGAAAUUGAGGUUGAGUUGUUCAGACAUUUACAUAGUCUUUCACUAAAAUGGCAUUUGGGCAGAAAGACUGGUGAAGUAUUGAGAGUUAUGGAUCGAGGAACAGACAGUAUUAAUAAUCUUUUAAGUUAUAUAUUUUUCUCGAUCGCUCCAACUUUAAUUGAUAUUAUAAUAGCCGUUACGUAUUUUUGCUCCGCCUUUAAUAUGUGGUUUGGUUUCAUCGUUUUUACUACAAUGAUCUUAUACAUUGGUAUCACUAUCUGGGUUACGGAAUGGCGGACAAAAUUUAUUAGAAAAAUGAAUUUGGCCGAUAAUGAUACAAGAGCCAGAAGUGUUGAUUCGCUUCUUAAUUUUGAAACUGUUAAAUACUAUGGCGCUGAAUCUUAUGAAGUAGAAGCUUUUAAAGAAGCGAUUUAUAAAUUCCAGGGAGAGGAGUUUAAAGCAAAUCUUUCUCUAAAUUUUCUUAAUACGGCUCAGAACAUUAUUAUUUCUGGUGGACUGUUAGCCGGUAGCUUAUUAUGUGCUUAUAUGGUUGCGGAUAAGCACGUUUUUACCGCUGGCGAUUAUGUAUUAUUUGCUACAUAUAUAGUGCAGUUGUACGUACCUCUCAAUUGGUUUGGUACAUAUUAUAGAUCUAUUCAGAAAAAUUUUAUUGACAUGGAAAAUAUGUUUGACUUGCUGAAAGAAGAUCAAGACAUUAUAGACGCUCCAGGGGCUGGACCUCUGGUGGUUAAGAAAGGAGCUGUUGAAUUUAAUAAUGUUACAUUUAAUUACGUACCGGAAAGACUAGUGCUGAAGAAUAUAACUUUUUCUGUACCUCCUGGCAAAACUGUAGCUUUGGUGGGCCCUUCCGGUAGUGGAAAGAGUACAAUAAUAAGACUGUUAUUUAGAUUUUAUGAUAUAGAAACAGGAUCGAUAAUUAUAGAUGGUCACAAUAUUAAGACAGUUACACAAGAGUCCUUAAGGAGAGCAGUUGGUGUCGUUCCUCAAGAUACAGUUCUUUUCAAUAACACAAUCAUGUAUAAUAUUAAAUAUGGCCGACUAACAGCUACAGAUGCUGAUGCGAUAGACGCUGCUAAAGGUGCUGAUAUUCAUGAUAGAAUAUUAACUUUUCCAAAUCAAUAUGACACGCAGGUAGGUGAAAGAGGAUUGAGACUGAGUGGGGGUGAGAAGCAAAGAGUGGCUAUCGCUAGAACUCUUUUAAAGGCUCCUGCAAUUAUUCUUUUGGAUGAAGCUACCAGUGCUUUGGAUACGCAGACUGAAAGAAAUAUACAAGAUUCACUUAACAAAAUGUGUGCAAAUAGGACGACUAUUAUUGUAGCUCAUAGAUUAUCAACAGUAAUACACGUUGACGAGAUACUAGUUUUGAAGGAUGGCGAAAUAGUAGAACGGGGAAAACACGAAAAUUUAAUUGGACAAGAAGGCAUAUAUGCCAACAUGUGGAAGCAACAGUUGGAUAGUAAAGAAACUUCUGCGGAAAAUAGCUUAGAACAUAGUACUACUUCAAGGUUUUAAAUAUUUUAAGGUAUUUUUUAGUAACUCUAUCUAAACAUGGAAUAGCGUAUUUUGCCGUUAAAGACUUUCUAAAAUACUUUUAACUAUAUUUAUUUUAUGUAAAGCCUAUUUUAGCCAACUAGUGUAUUUUCAAUUAAGGAUAUUAUAAGUUAUUAGUCCAAUAUAACAAACAAGUUAGUAUCAGUUAAUACAUUUUAUAGAUUUUGA